AUACCUCCAAAUCAAUCUUCAAGCCUCGACACCCUCUAUCUGGCCGCCUCCGACGUCCGCACUCUGAAGCAACCAGGACAACAGGCUGUUUUUACUCUCAUACCUGACUCACUGGCACUGAUGUGUGAUGCCUCAAAAACGAGGAUUCAAGAUGCAAACACAAUUAUCAUGCUAACCGACCCAUCAGUCUUCACUCGCUUAAGGCUGUGCACCUCUGGUGAUCCGGAGGCUCUUGCGGCGAUAUGUACAAAGGACUGGGCGGUUGUCACUGGACGCUUUCGUCCUGGUGUUGAUGAACCUGAUUGGCCGAUGUGGAAAACCCGGCUACGAUGUGCCCUUAACAAAGCUCCCGAUAUACAGGAAGUCAAGCAACACCAUGAUCUCCACUGUGAUGAACCAUUCAAAGUUUAUCGUUUCAUCAGCAAAACUGAAUCGCUAUGGCGCGCCAAUGCUACUCGAAACGCUAGCAUGAUUUUUGAUGGCAUCUCCCAUGCGAACAGAAUGAAUUAUUCAGGAAUUUCCACGCUUUCCCCCGUGACGGAUGCUUCGCUCUUCUCUGCCGUCACAGGCUCUAAGCGUACCGCUGUUUUUUUGCAGCGUCCCAUGGGUAUGGAUAGCAUCCCGAGAACCGUCACUCUGGUUCAACGGAGGACCGAUGGUGUUGUCAUCCGCCGGUUGCCGUGCAUCCAGUCACGCACACUAUUUCCCGUCAAUCAACAGUACGGCAGUAUUGCUACUGCUGCUCAGGCGCUAAAGGUAGCAAGUUCCUCAGGUGCUAAUUCCGCACCCAUGGAGUCAGAUGAUCCUGUGGUCUGUGCUUCUUGGCGCUGUGUUACCGAAUCCUCAAUAUCUGCCCCGACAAGUAUUCUCCGGAGACUUGGUGUUUUAGGAAGCCCCGAAUUACCAGCCCGUUAUGUAAAUCCGCCCUAUCCGCCAGAUUUAUUAGAACCCGAGUAUCACCAGUUGGGAAUAAGAAUCCAGCAUCUCGGUAUACGCGUCAAGGAUACAAUAAUCACCAACCCGAAUGGAUGCUGUAUUUAUUUCGGACGAUUCGAUGAAAUCAGUGCUCCUGCAGCUCCAGAACCAGUGGAAGCCCAGAUUCCUCAUCACAUCUCCGAAGCAAACAAGGAUUACGUGGACCUACUUCUGGAUAACAUGGUUCGAGGCGUUAUCCUUUCUGUUGUUCGGGGCAGUAUUUUCGCGGAGCGAAUGUGUAAGUGCGCAGUUUUCGUGUACACCCCAACUCUGUCUGGCGACCAUAUUCUGCUCAAAAAGUUGGGAAGGCGCGAGCGUGAGCUUCUUUUUGACUACGAUGAAUUUAUGGCUGAUCUACAACGCUUCCGGGCCGGCGAGCAUCCGAAACCACAUUUUGAGGUGAUUUUGGCUUUUGGUCAGCAGUUGCGACCGAAUUUGACGAGUAGUAGUCUACUGGUUUGGUGUCGAGUCGCCAGCUGUCGCGCAUGGUUUCAGCUCCAUAAGGAUUGUUCAAAUCUACUCUCGUGUGAUGAGGGCAUCAUGGGCGAUUUUGGCAUACACGACUUGACCCACGCGUCCAUCCCCUCAGAGCAUGCUGCCAAGUAUAGUCGCAAUGAUGCGUAUUUCGACAACCGGUCCCACAUGGUCGUAAUGAACAACGGUUGUGGCGAUAUUGAUUCGACUAACAAGCUACACCGAAUCAAUGGUUUUUGCCAACCAGAUGGAGCUAAGUUGACGCUGAGCGACUCACUGGAACACGUUAUGAUAGGAGAAGAACAAGUUAUCGAGGAAGCUAUUGAGAUUCCAUUAGACGAUCACGAGAAUGACUUGAUUUACGACGCAGCCACGGACGACUUACACCAAUCCAUUAUAGCCAAUUCAUCUCGCAAUCCAGACGUCAACAGGGCCUGCACACCUGCCUUGUCAGCGGCAGCUGAACUUUUUCUAGACGAAGAUGAAUCUGCAGUCUUAAAAUCGGGCUUUGAACAGUGUGACUGAUGUGAUCAAUUGAUUUAUUUGACGGGACUGGACCUUUUUCUUCUUGUACAUACUCACCCAAUUUUGGGACUGGCUCUCUCUCAUCACCGUCAUCAUGUGCCUGUAUAGAACCUGUGAAUUCUUUCCAGCAAACGUGCGUCUUACCCAUUUUUUUAACUGUUUUCACUGAGCUCGUUGCGAAGUUGUCGGAAGUCGUAAUUGCUUGACGGAUCGGCCUUGACGACUGACA